UGCCGGCAGUUUUGGCUGGCGGGCUUGGGCGAAAGCGCCGGCAGGAAAUCGUGUUUUUCGUCGCAUUCCAAGCGUUGCUUCAUGCGUUGCUGCGACUGCGAGGCCUGGACCUGCGAUUCCAAGCGAGGAACGGCGGCGGAAUCAAGGUAUGGCGGUCGCCUCGCCGUACCGGGUCCUCCGCCCCUGCCGCCCACUAGAGGACAGAGGGGAGGGUUGUGGUGUUCUACAGACAAGUAUAGUAAUUCACUCCGUUCCACAAAUGAAAUCCCCACUCCACUUGCAGUGACCAACUGCUGCCUACUAGUUGGUGGAGCAAGCAAACAACCUCCACGCCUCUACCACCUCCAUACUCACAGUCACAGGCCCCAAUCCCAUCCCGCCCCCAACGAACCUGCAUCUUUGAUAGCCUCCCUCUGCUUUCCCCUCCGAUCUUGCUCGGUCCCUGGCCAAACAUGUCCGAGUCAUUUGUUCUCAACACCGGCGCGAGGAUCCCGUCGGUUGGCCUUGGCGUAUGGCAAACUCAGCCUGACGCUGUCGGCAACGCCGUCUAUGCUGCUGUCAAGGCUGGGUAUCGGCACAUUGAUUGCGCUGCAGCAUACAGCAAUGAGAAGGAGGUGGGCUUGGCCUUGAAGAAAUUAUUUGAGGAUGGUGUGGUUAAGCGUGAAGAUAUGUUUAUCACCUCUAAGCUGUGGUCCACUAAUCAUGCACCUGAAGAUGUGCCGGAGGCAAUUGGUACCACACUUCAAGAUUUGCAGCUUGACUAUUUGGACUUGUACCUUAUUCAUGGUCCAUUCCGAAUCAAGAAGGGAGCUACGAUGAGCCCUGAAAAUCUUAUCCCUACUGAUAUCCCUGCUACAUGGGGAGCAAUGGAGAAGCUAUAUGACACUGGCAAAGCUCGUGCAAUCGGUGUGAGUAAUUUUUCAUGUAAGAAGCUGGAGGAUUUGUUCGCCAUUGCACGUGUUCCUCCAGCAGUCAAUCAGGUUGAGUGCCAUCCGGUUUGGCAGCAAGACAAGCUCCGUCAGCUUUGUCAGUUGAAGGGUGUUCAUCUUUCUGCCUUUUCGCCCUUAGGUUCACCUGGAUCACCUGGGUUCAAUGGCCCAAGUGUCCUCAACAACCCCAUUGUGAUCUCUGUUGCUGAGAAGUUGCAGAAAACACCUGCCCAGGUCGCUCUACGCUGGGGAAUUCAAAUGGGCCACAGUAUACUUCCCAAAAGUGCUAAUGAAGCAAGGAUUAAGGAGAACAUCGACAUAUUUGACUGGUCUAUUCCUGAAGAUCUGAUGGCGAAGUUCUCUGAAAUCAAACAGGUUAGGUUGCUGAGAGCCGAAUUUGCAGUUCACCCCCAGAGCGGCUAUAAUACACUGGAGGAUGUUUGGGAUGGCGAGAUAUAAAGCAUACAGAUAUGUCCAGAAUAAAUGAGCAGGGCGAGGGAAAUAAUCUUAUAUGCUUUGCCUGGGCAGCUGAGAAUGAUUGCCUUCAUUUGGAGAAAGGACAUGUGAAUGUUUGCCCUAUGUUACUCUUAUAGCCGCUUUUUUUCAUUGUAUCCAAAGAUGACUGUUACAAAUAAAGUAACACAGUUGUUCAAAUUAUCUUUAUGACAAGGACGAUGUUGGAGUAUGUUAAACCAUCCAAGAUCAAAAUAACGGCUUCUAGUUAGUACAAAAAAAGGUCAGUUUUCAUU